AUAUAGCGACUUUUCAGAGAGCCAAUAGCGAAUUCGAUAACUGAAAGUGGGGCGCGAGAUAGGCUACAAUUUUUCGCGGCAGCAUUUAAUUCCAUCCUCAGCUCUCUCACGAGCAUUCAGUGUACAUAGGCCUUCAAAGUCUAUGAUGUCGACAGUGCCCAGGAAAUUUACGGUAACCCACAAAUACCAACACAGACGGAGGCGACAGCCCUACCCGGUCAGAAGCAUCACCACCCGGAGCCAGUGCAAGACCAGCGGCAGCUUCUUCGAAAGGCUGCCUGGUGAAGUGUUUGACAUGAUCCUAGACAGACUUUCUGUAUUGGAGAUCAGUGUUUUCAGCAUGGUGUCCAAAACCAUCAGCAGCGACAUCGCGGACCACAUCUCCACUAUCUCCUGGAUAAACAGGAUGAUCAACCAGAGCUUCCACCACUGCACCUCCACGGAAGAAAGUCGAGUCAGGCACUAUAAAGCUUUGGGCUUGUUGUUCAAGAGAUGUACUCUGUUGCUACCAACGAAGGACAGGUUAAAGUUUAUAUAUAGCAAGUUCUCCCAGGUCCCCUGCUUCAUGAUGGAGCAGUGCACCACGUCCUCUGCUCACUGCCUGGGCUUCUCCAGCUAUGGAGUGUUUCUGCAGACGCUGAUAGCGGGCUGGGACGAGCUGGAGUGCCAUCGAGUUUUCAACUUCCUGUGCGACUUCACAAACCUCCCAAGGAAGAUCCAGUCAGUGGUGACAGGGAAGCCAGGUGCGUGCCAGUUCCUGGAGCUGCAGAUCCGCCUGUUCUGUCGUCAGGUUCUGUUGGACCCAUGGCAGCACCGCCGAGACACCCUGUUCUGGCUGACCCGCAUCCUCAAACCCUGGCCCAUGGUUAGCCAGGCCAGACUGCUCUUCAUCCUCUACGGACCCCUGCUAUCAGACAGCUGUCUGGGCUGGCAGGAGAUGCGGGGGCCUGACGUGGCCCAUUGUGCUCUUUGGGACCUUGCUAAGGCUGUCGUCCUGCUUCACAGUGACCGAGAGGCCAAAGACUGGACCACUGACACUAUACUGGCUGUCCUGGAAGAACUCACAGUCCUCCCCCAGGCCUGGCAUGCAGAGAGUGUAUCCCGCCUGUUGGUCCUGUGUGGAAACAGCCUGUGCUACAGCGUGUUGGCCAGCAAGGCCCUCAACGGAAGACUCUUUGAGAUCUCACGACUCAUCGUUUACGUCACACUGGUGUGCGAGAAGGAUGGCUACUGCAUGAACUGGUCAGUGAAGAUGGUUCAGCAGCUGUGCCACGUGUUCCCCACCUCGGCAGAGAAGUGGGCCUUCAUCCAGAGCCUGGAGAACAUGUUCUCCGAGGUCACCAUGGAGCUCUAUGAGGUGGUCCUGGAAGGUAACCGUCUUGAGGACAUUGACACGUUCCAGACCCUCUGCAGCCUCCUCAAUGCCAGUGCCCACUUCCACACUGAGAUCCUCUUCAUGUUCCUCAGAAAGGACUGAAGAGGCCAGGCCAGGAGCGAGACAGGACAUGACAAAAGAGGAAGUGGAGAUGAACGAAAGGGAGGAAGACAGACACGACUUAACCUUGAGGAACGAAGCGAUGUCUCUUUUCUCCCAUAGUGAAACAAGGUUUUAUAGGAUCAGCGCAUUGUUAGGAGAAUCAUAACCUUUGUUGUGGGCAACAAAAUGUUAUCAACAGCGUAUUUGUCAGCAUUGUCAGCAUAUUUAUAACAUUUACCUUCAUUCAAAAUGUCUUAAAAACCUUACUAUUUAUUUAUAUAUUUAUUGCAUUCUAUUUAUAUAUUUAUAAAAGUGUACUGUAUUUAUUGCUGAAUGUUGUUGCACAGCAGUGUUCAACUUGUA